GUCCUAAAGAUGAGUUAUCCAGGUUACCCUCCCUCCGGCGGCUACACCCCACAGCCAGGUGCAUAUCCCCCCCAAGCAGGAGGUUACCCACCCCAGGCCGGCGGUUACCCACCCCAAGCCGGCGGUUACCCACCUCAAGCCGGCGGUUACCCACCUCAAGCCGGCGGUUACCCACCCCAAGCCGGCGGUUACCCACCCCAAGCCGGCGGCUACCCACCCCAAGCCGGUGGCUACCCACCCCAAGCCGGCGGCUACCCACCCCAAGCCGGGGGCUACCCUCCAGGAGCAGGGGGCUACCCUCCACAGCAGGCCGGAGGUUAUCCUUCCAUGCCACCAGCACAAGGUAGGGCUAUUAUCGUUUAUUUUAUUUUGGGACUACAUUACUAUUUGUUUUCAUGGUAGUGCAAAAGUGUGCUUGCUCUGGUUUGAGGAUAUUUGUUUGUUGUCAGUUAGGUAUAUAGGAGACCCUGGUAUGUGACCUUGUCACACAAUGGUUUUGGAUAGAUUUGACAAAUGUAGAGUAUAUUUGAAGUUAACCUGUUUAUUAAAAUCAUGCUACACCACUCACUUGUUGUCUCUUCAUUCUCUAGGUGGUUGGGGUGGAGCCCCUGGUGGUGGAAUGGUAAAUAUAACUUCUUAUCUUGAAUCAAGUAGCUAACUAAGAACCAAGUAACUACGAACAUAUUGACAGGCUCUAAAUCAGCUGGUUCUAUUUACGACCUGAUCUACACACCCUGUAACAUGUAUGGAGUCUGUUACCAUGUCAUUAUGUCCCAAAUGGCUCCCUGUUGCUAUGGGCCCUGGUCAAACGUAGUGCACUAUGUAGGGAAUAGGGUGCCAUUUGGGACAUAGCCAGAGCCAGUAAUGUGAUACCAGCUAAUCACCUCCUUUACUCCCUCCAGCCAGGCGGAGGGAUGCCCCAGGGAUACCCAGGCGGUCCUGCUCCAUGUCCACCCCAGGGAUACCCAGGAGGCCCUGCCCCAGAACAGCAGCCCAUGCCUGGCUACCCUGGAGGAGCCCCGGCACCCAACCCCUCCAUGCCAGGAUACGGAGGUGGUGCUCCAGCUACUCCCCAUUCGCCUGCCAUCAAUGUGAGAAUCUCUGAGUGGAAUCUUUUGUUUCUUUUUCAGUUUGUGUCAUGUAGAUAGAAAUCAUUACCCUGUAUUUACAUUUAUUUACAUAGCUUUUUCCUAAUAUGUUUUACAAAGUGUUUCCUUGUUUCAGUGUUUCCUUGUUUCAGUGUUUCCUUGUUUCAGUAUUUCCUUGUUUCAGUUUCAGUACUUGUUUUUAUUUGUCAUUAGAGAGGCUACAGGGGUGCGAUAAAGGACCAUUCAGGUGCUGACCCACUGAGGGAUGUGGAAGUCCUCCGCAAGGCCAUGAAGGGCUUUGGUCAGUAGUUCGUCAUUAUAGACGUUCACUAUCAUGGAUAGAUGUAUGAAGGAGUUGAUGGGAUUCAGUAAAAUUCUAAUAACACAUUAUUUAGAGAUGCACAUUACAUAACUGAAGUUCCUUCUGGGGAAAAAAUAGUUAUUCUAUUCUAUAAAUCUUCAAUGGCUAGAUGCAUAUGUAGAAUAUUCUACAAUUAAGAGCACAUUAUUUAGUGAUACACAUUCCAUCUACUACCAGUUAAACUGCUAAUAAUGAUAAUAAUAUAUUAUUUUCAACAGGCACGGAUGAGUCCGCUGUAAUUGAGCUUCUUGGAAGCCGCACCAGCAAGCAGAGGGUUCCAAUGGUUGCAGCCUACAAAACCACGUAUGGGAAGGUGAGGUUUACACUACAUUUUACAUUUUAGUCAUUUAGCAGACGCUCUUAUCCAGAGCGACUUACAGUUAGUGAGUGCAUACAUUUUUCAUACACUAGAGUGGUUUCUUUUAUUGUCUUCUAUUGUUGCUGUUAGAUGAACACUACAUGGAAGUUAUACUAUGUCUGCGUCCCAAAUGGCACCCUAUUCCCUAUUUAUUCCCCUAUGGGCCCUGGUUGAAAGUAGAGCGCCAAAUAGUAAAUAGGGUGCCAUUUGGUGCACAGAUUUACUGUAUGUUAAGUGACCUCUUACACAAUCUUCUAUUUCACAGGAUUUAUUCCACGAUUUGAAGUCUGAGCUGACUGGGAGUUUUGAGAAGCUGGCUAUUGCCAUGUUGCAGACACCAGCCAAGUUUGAUGCAUCUGAACUCAAAGAAGCCAUAUCGGUUUGAACGGGUUCUUUCGUUUACUCUUAGACUCUCUAUACCAGGGUCAUGUUCAUUAGAGCAAAACGUAGCAUAACAUUUUGAAACAGAAAACAACGGAAACAAGUUUGUUAUUGGACAAGUUCUGAUAUUACCUCCCCAUUUCAGUCCGUUAUGGAAUGUUUUCUUCUGUUUCGUGCCUACUGAACACCACCCAUGUUAUUCCACUCUUUAUAUUGGGCCUCUUUUGUGAGUCAUCUCAGUAUGAAACAGAAAGAAAAGCUUAAUUAAAGACAGUAAAAGUCAGGUAUGUUGAGGCCUGAGGAAUCACCCAUCUUACUAUCUGGUGAACAAAAGUGAUUUAUCUACUUACUGUAGCUUGUAGAGAACAAGUAUUACUUGAUUGCACUGGGCCAUGACAUAUUCUUGUAUGAACAACGAGGUGAACCACAAACUAUAUGGUGAACUAUGUGGUGAUUUACUGUAGCUGUAGAGAAUAAGUAUUACUUUAUUGCACCUGGCCAGUAAUUAUUAUUUUCUUCUAGAUCAUUUCUGGAACUCAUACACAUAGUAUUUAUAUAUUUACUGUAUACUUAAGAAUGGCCUGUUUUGUUCUUAGGGUGCAGGUACUGAUGAAGCAUGUCUGAUUGAGAUCCUGUCAUCUCGCUCCAAUGCAGAAAUCAGAGAAAUCAAUCAAAUUUACAAACAUGGUAAGAGCCCAUUAUCAACUUGGUGGUGUUACAGAAAAAUCAGCCUCUUGUGGGGAGUCAGGCAAGAAAGACGCAUUUACUUCAGUGUGAUGUACUGAAAAGUUGUUUGUUUCAGAGUAUGAAUUGAAAUACUGUGUGUUUCAGAGUAACUGACUGAAAUGCCGUUAGUUUAAGAAUAUGUAUUGAAAUGCUGUUUGUUUCAGAGUAUGGUAAGACCCUGGAGGAUUCCAUCAGUAACGACACCUCAGGACACUUCCGUAGGCUCCUCGUCUCACUCUGUCAGGUAACUUUUUAUUGAUAUGUUAUCAAUGGGUUUUUGUUAUGUUAUUGAUGUGUUAUUAAUCGUUAUCAUUGAGUAACUUCUUUGAAAGUGAAGGCUAAAGCUGAUUCAUGAUGACAACCUCCCAAUACUCAAAAAAGUCAGUGCUCUUGCACUUACAACUGGCUACCUAAUGGCUACAAAUUAGUCUUAUCUUUGAAUUUGUGUUAACAGUUUCUGAAAUUUCAUAUUUAUUUAAUGAAGUGAACAAGCUAAAAAAAAACCACAUUUGUAUGAAACUGCUAUAGCCCUCUCAAGAUAAACAUCUACUAUAGCCCCUUCCCAUCCUGAGUCAGGAGCCAGGAAGUAGAGCCUAUUAUAGAGCAAUUUUUUGUUUACAAGCAAACGUCAUGUUCGAGUGGCGUAUGCUUGCAUGCUCACAACAAAAGGCCCUGUAGCAGAUAGCUAUACACUGAUGUCGGGACUUUGACAAACGUAGCAGUGAGUGAAUGAUGACCAUGAAAAAACACAAGACUGAUGCCUAUAGCUAUGUUCAACAAGGUAUUAUUCUUCUGGCUUUAUCUAGCUCUAUAUUGUUAUUUAUUUUGCUCAUUUGCACCCCAGUAUCUCUAUUUGCACAUCAUCUCUUGCACAUCUAUCAUUCCAGUGUUAAUACUAAUUGUAAUUAUUUUGCACUAUAGCCUAUUUAUUGCCUUACCUCCAUAACUUGCUACAUUUGCACACACUGUAUAUAUAUUUUGUUGUAUUUUUGACUUUAUGUUUUGUUUUACCCCAUAUGUAACUCUGUGUUGUUGUUUUUAUCGCACUGCUUUGCUUUAUCUUGGCCAGGUCGCAGUUGUAAAUGAGAACUUGUUCUCAACUGGCUUACCUGGUUAAAUAAAGGUGAAAUAAAUAAAAUAAAAUAAAAUAUUUGGGAUAUUUUACCUUGCCUCGCUGGCUUGCUACGUAAUCAAUCCUCCAAUGACAUCUGCAAUGUUGUAGAUGAUGACCAUCUGAUUACGUGUUUGUUAACUUGCAGGAGCUGCAUUUGAAGUUAAAUGUGAUCGUAUCCACUUCAAUGUAAACAAAUCCCUUUCUGCUGCCCAAAACAUUUGAUGCUGCCGGGUCUGGAUUUUUCAUGAGGCAAUGGGUCUAUGGAUGCAUCCCAAAUGGCAGCCUAUUCCCUAUAUAGUGCACUAUUUUUGACCAGAACACCAUGGCCCCUGAUCAAAAGUAGUGCACUAUAAAUGGAGUAGGGUGUAAUUUAGGAGGCAACCCAUAAAGAUACCUUGGAAGCUUUAUGGAAGCAAUUACUGAAAUUGGGGAGGAGAAGUUGAGUUUCCAUGCCUCAAAUUCCUUCCAAGCUACCAGUAUUCCACUGUUAAUAAUUUGUAAGAGUUUCCAGAUUUUUUCCCCCAUGGAAUAAUAUUGUCUGCAUCCCCAGGCACUGGUGAAAAGUAGUGCACUAUAUAGGGAAUAAGAUGCCAUUUGGGACGCAUCCAUUUCUUUUGUAGUAAACCAAUUUUUUGCUUCCUGUUUUGAAGGGAAAUCGAGACGAGAGGGAACAAGUUGACAUCAACUUGGCCAAACAGGAUGCUCAGGUGAACACUGUUUCUUGUUAUGCUAAUAUAGUAACAAUUAAACUGUUUUAAAGAUCUUUGUGAUGCCACAAUAGUUUUUUAUAUACCCUGUAGGCUUAUAGGAAAUUUGACAUUAUUUGUUUCUUUUCAGAUCUGAGACUUUACUUAAGGAAGCAUGUGGCUGCCAAUAUUCAUCUUAAAAAAUUCAAAUUGGAAAAAUAUUGGCAGCCGUAUGAUUCUGUAGUGUUAGACAAGCAGUUCAUGUUUCUACUGAUCAUGUCGUGUGUUAGAAACUGAUCAUGUUGUGUGUUAGAAACGGAUCAUGUUAUGUUGUGUGUUAGAAACUGAUCAUGUUGUGUGUUAGAAACUGAUCAUGUUGUGUGUGCUAAACUGAUCAUGUUAUGUUGUGUGCUAAACUGAUCAUGAUAUGUUGUGUGUUCUAAACUGAUCAUGUUAUGUUGUGUGUUAGAAACGGAUCAUGUUACAGUGGGGGAAAAAAAGUAUUUAGUCAGCCACCAAUUGUGCAAGUUCUCCCACUUAAAAAGAUGAGAGAGGCCUGUAAUUUUCAUCAUAGGUACACGUUAACUAUGAAAGACAAAUUGAGAAAAGGAAAUCCAGAAAAUCACAUUGUAGGAUUUUUUAUGAAUUUAUUUGCAAAUUAUGGUGGAAAAUAAGUAUUUGGUCACCUACAAACAAGCAAGAUUUCUGGCUCUCACAGACCUGUAACUUCUUCUUUAAGAGGCUCCUCUGUCCUCCACUCGUUACCUGUAUUAAUGGCACCUGUUUGAACUUGUUAUCAGUAUAAAAGACACCUGUCCACAACCUCAAACAGUCACACUCCAAACUCCACUAUGGCCAAGACCAAAGAGCUGUCAAAGGACACCAGAAACAAAAUUGUAGACCUGCACCAGGCUGGGAAGACUGAAUCUGCAAUAGGUAAGCAGCUUGGUUUGAAGAAAUCAACUGUGGGAGCAAUUAUUAGGAAAUGGAAGACAUACAAGACCACUGAUAAUCUCCCUCGAUCUGGGGCUCCACGCAAGAUCUCACCCCGUGGGGUCAAAAUGAUCACAAGAACGGUGAGCAAAAAUCCCAGAACCACACGGGGGGACCUAGUGAAUGACCUGCAGAGAGCUGGGACCAAAGUAACAAAGCCUACCAUCAGUAACACACUACGCCGCCAGGGACUCAAAUCCUGCAGUGCCAGACGUGUCCCCCUGCUUAAGCCAGUUCAUGUCCAGGCCCGUCUGAAGUUUGCUAGAGUGCAUUUGGAUGAUCCAGAAGAGGAUUGGGAGAAUGUCAUAUGGUCAGAUGAAACCAAAAUAUAACUUUUUGGUAAACUCAACUCGUUGUGUUUGGAGGACAAAGAAUGCUGAGUUGCAUCCAAAGAACACCAUACCUACUGUGAAGCAUGGGGGUGGAAACAUCAUGCUUUGGGGCUGUUUUUCUGCAAAGGGACCAGGACGACUGAUCCGUGUAAAGGAAAGAAUGAAUGGGGCCAUGUAUCGUGAGAUUUUGAGUGAAAACCUCCUUCCAUCAGCAAGGGCAUUGAAGAUUAAACGUGGCUGGGUCUUUCAGCAUGACAAUGAUCCCAAACACAUCGCCCGGGCAACGAAGGAGUGGCUUCGUAAGAAGCAUUUCAAGGUCCUGGAGUGGCCUAGCCAGUCUCCAGAUCUCAACCCCAUAGAAAAUCUUUGGAGGGAGUUGAAAGUCCGUGUUGCCCAGCGACAGCCCCAAAACAUCACUGCUCUAGUGGAGAUCUGCAUGGAGGAAUGAGCCAAAAUACCAGCAACAGUGUGUGAAAACCUUGUGAAGACUUACAGAAAACGUUUGACCUGUGUCAUUGCCAACAAAGGGUAUAUAACAAAGUAUUGAGAAACUUUUGUUAUUGACCAAAUACUUAUUUUCCACCAUAAUUUGCAAAUAAAUUCAUUAAAAAUCCUACAAUGUGAUUUUCUGGAUUUUUUUUCUCAUUUUGUCUGUCAUAGUUGACGUGUACCUAUGAUGAAAAUUACAGGCCUCUCUCAUCUUUUUAAGUGGGAAAACUUGCACAAUUGGUGGCUGACUAAAUACUUUUUUUCCCCACUGUAUGUUGUGUGUGCUAAACUGAUCAUGUUAUGUUGUGUGUUAGAAACUGUAUGCUGCCGGGGAGAACAAAGUGGGGACGGAUGAGUCCCAGUUCAACGCCAUACUGUGUGCCAGGAGCAAACCCCACCUGAGAGCAGGUAGCUAACCAUACUAUAGUAACUGUGUUUAUAUUACCGAGUCAGUUCUCACUGUUCUAUCUGACAGGGUUGUAACCUCUCAGAUAUUGAAUUUUGAGGUUGUUUCCUCAUUUAGUUUUUCUAUGUCUAACUAACACUAUUUAUACAGUGGGGAGAACAAGUAUUUGAACCACUGCCGAUUUUGCAGGUUUUCCUACUUACAAAGCAUGUAGAGGUCUGUAAUUUUUUAUCAUAGGUACACUUCAACUGUGAGAGACGGAAUCUAAAACAAAAAUCCAGAAAAUCACAUUGUAUGAUUUUUAAGUAAUUUAUUUGCAUUUUAUUGCAUGACAUACAGUGGGGGAAAAAAGUAUUUAGUCAGCCACCAAUUGUGCAAGUUCUCCCACUUAAAAAGAUGAGAGAGGCCUGUAAUUUUCAUCAUAGGUACACGUCAACUAUGAAAGACAAAUUGAGAACAUUUUUUCCAGAAAAUCACAUUGUAGGAUUUUUAAUGAAUUUAUUUGCAUUUUAUUGCAUGACAUACAGUGGGGGAAAAAAGUAUUUAGUCAGCCACCAAUUGUGCAAGUUCUCCCACUUAAAAAGAUGAGAGAGGCCUGUAAUUUUCAUCAUAGGUACACGUCAACUAUGAAAGACAAAUUGAGAACAUUUUUUCCAGAAAAUCACAUUGUAGGAUUUUUAUGAAUUUAUUUGCAAAUUAUGGUGGAAAAUAAGUAUUUGGUCAAUAACAAAAGUUUCUCAAUACUUUGUUAUAUACCCUUUGUUGGCAAUGACACAGGUCAAAUGUUUUCUGUAAGUCUUCACAAGGUUUUCACACACUGUUGCUGGUAUUUUGGCCCAUUCCUCCAUGCAGAUCUCCUCUAGAGCAGUGAUGUUUUGGGGCUGUCGCUGGGCAACACGGACUUUCAACUCCCUCCAAAGAUUUUCUAUGGGGUUGAAAUCUGGAGACUGGCUAGGCCACUCCAGGACCUUGAAAUGCUUCUUACGAAGCCACUCCUUCGUUGCCCGGGCAGUGUGUUUGGGAUCAUUGUCAUGCUGAAAGACCCAGCCACGUUUCAUCUUCAAUGCCCUUGCUGAUGGAAGGAGGUUUUCACUCAAAAUCUCACGAUACAUGGCCCCAUUCAUUCUUUCCUUUACACGGAUCAGUCGUCCUGGUCCCUUUGCAGAAAAACAGCCCCAAAGCAUGAUGUUUCCACCCCCAUGCUUCACAGUAGGUAUGGUGUUCUUUGGAUGCAACUCAGCAUUCUUUGUCCUCCAAACACGACGAGUUGAGUUUUUACCAAAAAGUUCUAUUUUGGUUUCAUCUGACCAUAUGACAUUCUCCCAAUCCUCUUCUGGAUCAUCCAAAUGCACUUUAGCAAACUUCAGACGGGCCUGGACAUGUACUGGCUUAAGCAGGGGGACACGUCUGGCACUGCAGGAUUUGAGUCCCUGGCGGCGUAGUGUGUUACUGAUGGUAGGCUUUGUUACUUUGGUCCCAGCUCUCUGCAGGUCAUUCACUAGGUCCCCCCGUGUGGUUCUGGGAUUUUUGCUCACCGUUCUUGUGAUCAUUUUGCGUGGAGCCCCAGAUCGAGGGAGAUUAUCACUGGUCUUGUAUGUCUUCCAUUUCCUAAUAAUUGCUCCCACAGUUGAUUUCUUCAAACCAAGCUGCUUACCUAUUGCAGAUUCAGUCUUCCCAGCCUGGUGCAGGUCUACAAUUUUGUUUCUGGUGUCCUUUGACAGCUCUUUGGUCUUGGCCAUAGUGGAGUUUGGAGUGUGACUGUUUGAGGUUGUGGACAGGUGUCUUCUAUACUGAUAACAAGUUCAAACAGGUGCCAUUAAUACAGGUAAUGAGUGGAGGACAGAGGAGCCUCUUAAAGAAGAAGUUACAGGUCUAUGAGAGCCAGAAAUCUUGCUUGUUUGUAGGUGACCAAAUACUUAUUUUCCACCAUAAUUUGCUAAUAUAUUCAUAAAAAAUCCUACAAUGUGAUUUUCUGGAGAUUUCUUUUUCUCAAUUUGUCUGUCAUAGUUGACGUGUACCUAUGAUGAAAAUUACAGGCCUCUCUCAUCUUUUUAAGUGGGAGAACUUGCACAAUUGGUGGCUGACUAAAUACUUGUUUUCCCCACUGUAAGUAUUUGAUCACCUACCAACCAGUAAGAAUUCCGGCUCUCACAGACCUGUUAGUUUUUCUUUAAGAAGCCCUCCUGUUCUCCACUCAUUACCUGUAUUAACUGCACCUGUUUGAACUCGUUACCUGUAUAAAAGACACCUGUCCACACACAAACAGACUCCAACCUCUCCACAAUGGCCAAGACCAGAGAGCUGUGUAAGGACAUCAGGGAUAAAAUUGUAGACCUGCACAAGGCUGGGAUGGGCUACAGGACAAUAGGCAAGCAGCUUGGUGAGAAUGCAACAACUGUUGGCGCAAUUAUUAGAAAAUGGAAGAAGUUCAAGAUGACGGUCAAUCACCCUCGGUCUGGGGCUCCAGGUCAAUGACCUGAAGAGAGCUGGGACCACAGUCUCAAAGAAAACCAUUAGUAACACACUACGCCGUCAUGGAUUAAAAUCCUGCAGCGGACGCAAGAUCCCCCUGCUCAAGCCAGCGCAUGUCCAGGCCCGUCUGAAGUUUGCCAAUGACCAUCUGGAGGAUCCAGAGGAGGAAUGGGAGAAGGUCAUGUGGUCUGAUGAGACAAAAAUAGAGCUUUUUGGUCUAAAGUCCACUCGCCGUGUUUGGAGGAAGAAGAAGGAUGAGUACAACCCCAAGAACACCAUCCCAACCGUGAAGCAUGGAGGUGGAAACAUCAUUCUUUGGGGAUGCUUUUCUGCAAAGGGGACAGGACGAAUGCACCGUAUUGAGGGGAGGAUGGAUGGGGCCAUGUAUCGCGAGAUCUUGGCCAACAACCUCCUUCCCUCAGUAAGAGCAUUGAAGAUGGGUCGUGGCUGGGUCUUCCAGCAUGACAACGACCCAAAACACACAGCCAGGGCAACUAAGGAGUGGCUCCGUAAGAAGCAUCUCAAGGUCCUGGAGUGGCCUAGCCAGUCUCCAGACCUGAAACCAAUAGAAAAUCUUUGGAGGGAGCUGAAAGUCCGUAUUGCCCAGCGACAGCCCCGAAACCUGAAGGAUGGUAUGGAGGAGUGGGCCAAAAUCCCUGCUGCAGUGUGUGCAAACCUGGUCAAGAUCUACAGGAAACGUAUGAUCUCUGUAAUUUCAAACAAAGGUUUCUGUACCAAAUAUUAAGUUCUGCUUUUCUGAUGUAUCAAAUACUUAUGUCAUGCAAUAAAAUGCAAAUUAAUUACUUAAAAAUCAUACAAUGUGAUUUUCUGGAUUUUUGUUUUAGAUUCCGUCUCUCACAGUUGAAGUGUACCUUUGAUAAAAAUUACAAACCUCUACAUGCUUUGUAAGUAGGAAAACCUGCAAAAUCGGCAGUUUAUCAAAUACUUGUUCUCCCCACUGUACAAACAUUUUAUUCACUAUAUUUAUGUAUAUUAACUGGUUGUUCCAAAGUCAUAACAAUCCUGCCCAUGGCUCAUUAGUAUAUUAUAACUUUACUACGUGGUUAUAAACACCUUUUUACAUGUUUGUAACAACCAUGCCUAUGGUUAUAACAACCCUAACUAUGGUUAUAACAACCCUAACUAUGGUUAUAACAUCCUUAUUAAAUCAAAUCAAAGUUUAUUGGUCGCGUACACAGUUUUGCAGAUGUUAUCACAGGUGCAGCGAAAUGUUUGUUUCUAGCUCCAACAAUGCAGCAAUAUCUAGCAAAUUACAUGUUUUUAUUACAUGGUUAUAACAACCCUGGCCAUGGUUAUAACAACCCUGGCCAUGGCUCAUUAGUAUAUUAUGACAACCUUAUUAUAUGUUUAUAACAACCCUGCCUACAGUUAUUACAACCCUGCCCAUGGUUCUUGUUUCUGCUAGUAUUUCAUGAGUACCAACAGAUGUGUGGCAGAGACAUCGUGAAGAGCAUCUGCAGGGAGAUGUCUGGAGACGUGGAGGAUGGCAUGGUGGCUGUUGGUAAGGACAGAAAUAACCAUCUAUCACUUUUUGGAUGUGAAAUUCCGUAACUGUUGACUGUUUAGAAUCAGAUGAUUCAGGAUCACACUGAUUUGGUUUGGUUUGGUUUGAUAUGACACAGUGUCUACGUAGGGCUCUAUAUAGGGAAUGGGUUGCCAUUUGGGAUUAAGCCGGUAUGAAGGUUAGUCAUGUCUCUACUCUAUGAACUAAAGCCUUGUCUUGUUGUGUUCCAGUGAAAUGCAUCAAGAACACUCCUGAAUACUUUGCAGAGAGGCUGCACAAGGCCAUGGCGGUAAGGAAAGAAAACUGUCUCUCACUCCGCUGAUGGAAAUGUUCAUAAACCGUGUUUACGGGUAGCCGCCCUGAGACAUUGCUUGUAGUCACUAUCACUAUAGUGUCUUCGACAUAUUUUGACACACACACACACACACUAGUGCUGAGUGAUUAACCCAAAAAAAAUUUCAACAACUAUUUGACAGAGUCGGUUCAAUUAUUUGAAUUCCAUUUUGUUCUGUUUUUUUCUGUGAGCUCAAUGCGCACAUUGCACAGUUUCUCUAGAGAUAAAUCAGAUCCAGCCUGAACUGUGCGACGUAGUAGGGAGUUGUAGUUUCCAACAGGUCAAUAUUCUACAUAAUUUAGUGCAUAAAACGUGGUAAUAAACUACAAUGACCAUAAUCCAUUACGCAUAUACUUGUCCGGUCUGUUUUUUUAAUGCCUGCUAGGGAAGAGGAAGAAGAAUGCGCGAUCGUGAGGAGAUAUAGAGAGCAGCUGUUUCGUCAUGAGGUACACUAUAUAUACAAAAGUAUGUGGCCACCCCUUCAAAUUAGUGGAUUCUGCUACUUCAGCCACACCUGUCAGGUGUAUAAAAUCUAGCACACAGCCAUGCAACCGCCAUAGACAAACAUUGGCAGUAGAAUGGCCUUACUGAAGAGCUCAGCGACUUUCAUCUGGCACCGUCAUAGGAUGCCACCUUUCCAACAAAUCAGUUCGUCAAAUUUCUGUCCUGCUAGAGCUGCCCCGGUCAACUGUAAGUGCUGUUAUUGUGAAGUGGAAAAGUCUAGGAGCAACAACGGCUCAGCCGCGAAGUGGUAGGCCACACAAGCUCACAGAACGGGACCGCCGAGUGCUGAAGCGCAUAGCGCGUAAAAAUCGUCUGUCCUCGGUUGCAACACUCACUUCUGAGUUCCAAACUGCCUCUGGAAGCCACGUCAGCACAAGAACUGUUCGUCGGGAGCUUCAUGAAAUGGGUUUCCAUGGCUGAGCAGCCGCACGGAAGCCUAAGAUCACCAUGCGCAAUGCCAAGCGUCGGCUGGAGUGGUGUAAAGCUCGCCACCAUUGGACUCUGGAGCAGUGGAAACGCGUUCUCUGGAGUGAUGAAUCACGCUGAACCGUCUGGCAGUCCGACGGACGAAUCUGGGUUUGGCGGAUGCCAGGAGAACGCUACCUGCCCCAAUGUGCCAAAGAUUGGUGGAGGAGGGGAAUACUGGUCUGGGGCUGUUUUUCAUGGUUUGGGCUAGGCCCUUUAGUUCCAGUGAAGGGAAAUAUUAACGCUACAGCAUACAAUGACAUUAUAGACGAUUCUGUGCUUCCAACUUUGUGGCAACAGUUUGGGGAAGGCCCUUUCCUGUUUCAGCAUGACAAUGCCCCUGUGCACAAAGCGAGGUCCAUACAGAAAUGUUUUGUCGAGAUCGGUGUGGAAGAACUUGACUGACCUGCACAGAGCCCUGACCUCAACCCAUCGAACACCUUUGGGAUGAAUUGGAACGCCGACUGUGAGCCAGGCCUAAUCGCCCAACAUCAGUGCCCGACCUCACUAAUGCUCUUGUGGCUGAAUGGAAGCAAGUCCCCGCAGCAAUGUUCUAACAUCUAGUGGAAAGCCUUCCCAGAAGAGAGGAGGCUGUUAAAGCAGCAAUGGGGUGACCAACUCCAUAUUAAUGCCCAUGAUUUUGGAAUGAGAUUUUCGAUGAGCAGGUGUCCACAUACCUUUGGUUGUGGUGUACUUUUGGUCAUGUAUUGAAUCUCUACCUGAAAAUACAUGAUCAAAGUCAUUGAUAGUUGGUAUUCAGCAGUCAUAAAAGUAUGCCUUAUUUACUUUGAAGAACUACAAAAUAGUGAUUUAGUCAGACAGUAUAGGCAGCAGCUCUAUAGAGAUGAGAUGAUGACUUGGAAUUAAAUAAUAAAGUCAUCAAAUAAACAAAUGUAAUAUACACAACAACUGAAAUAUUUCAUUAAAGUAAUGUGAAUAAAUUAUGGUUAAGAAGCAAUAGGCAGUAAUGGGCAGUCACUACCAUCAUGGGAGUCUUUAAAAUAUGUUUUUUUUUCUGUGUUUACAGCAUGUGGUCCUCUGUAGCUCAGCUGGUAGAGCACGGCGCUUGUAACGCCAAGGUAGUGGGUUCGAUCCCCGGGACCACCCAUACACAAAAAUGUAUGCACGCAUGACUGUAAGUCGCUUUGGAUAAAAGUGUCUGCUAAAUGGCAUAUUAUUAUUAUUAUUAUUAUUAUUCAACCCAAAUAAUUGAAACCGAAAUCGAAAACCGUGAUUAUUUUUAAAUAAUCGAACCGAAACCGAAUCAAACUCAAAAAGCACUGAUCACUCAGCACUAACACACACACACACACACACACACACACACACACACACACACAUUUAGACGCCAUAGUGAUGGAGACUACAAACUAUGUUUCAGGGCUAGUUCAUGGGAUGGUACUUACUGUGUUGACUAAAGGCGUCCGCAUUCUUCCCAGCCAAAACAGUUUGGAAGAGUUCGUGCUUAUAUUAUGCCGAAAUUUUGUGAAGUUUUUGUUUGUUUUGGACUUUGGUACGGGUUUUUUCAGCUGCUCGGGUACACUCUUUUUUUUUCUCGAGGCAAGCCCAAGUCUGUAGCCGAAGUCAGUAGCCGAAGUCUACGCCCCUUCGUCUGUGAUUGGUCAACAGUAGGGAUUCUUCAAUAAAGUCUUUGUUGUCAUUCAAUUAGACGACUUGUUUUCAUGCACAUUUUUUCAUUGAGAAAUACUGCACCAAGCAUCUUAGUUAAAUGUAAAAUUGCAAAAACGUCCAAAUUAAUGACAGAUGUCUUAUCAGUUAUCUUAGAUUAAUUCUGACUAUUUUGAAUUGUAUACUGGCUACGGCGUCUCAAAAUGGACAAACAGUACUAUUGCCAAUUUUUUCAAAUUUUUUCAAGCGAACGUCUUAAGGGAGUAUGCGAGCACACUCCGCAUGCGAGCGCACUCCGCAUGCCAGCCGAACUGAAGCAUGCGGACGCCUUAAUUCAUAUUUAGGAUUGACUCUGUACUAUCUGUUCCCAGGGGGCUGGGACCAAGGACAGGACUCUGAUUCGGGUCAUGGUGACUCGCUCUGAGGUGGACAUGCUGGACAUCAGACAGGUGUAUCAGCAGACCUACGGGAAAUCACUGUACACCGCCAUCUCUGUAUGUACCUUAGACAAAUAAUCACUAUGCUAAAAUUAUUUUAUUGGAAUCAAUCCAUUGCUUUUAUUCUAUGGAGAUUGCUGCCAAAAUUAUGUAAAUUAAUGAAUGUUAAUUUCUUGGUUUAUCUCAUGGAAAAUGAUGCAGUUAAUACUAUGUUUUUUUUCUCUCCAUCUUUUAGGGUGACACUUCUGGUCACUACAAGAAGCUGCUGCUGAAGCUGUGUGGUGGA